AUGCACAAGUUUCCUGAUCCGUCUUCGGUCUACGACUGCUGUUCCUUGCGGUUAAACCAGGUUGGCAGUCGACACUCUCUCCAACAUGAGGGUCGAAGACUUCAUAACCCCCAGUCUCAAUUUUGCAAUUUUGAUAUUUGGACUACGGCUACUAAGGACCCCCCGAACCGCCAGGCCUCAACACUAUCGGCUCAAGUUUCGCCAACACGUUCAAUAUCCGUGACUCGAACCGCGAAUUUCGCUGACUGUGCCAUGACCGGAGCAUCGCAGGUGCGCUUCGCCGGAGCGCUGCUCACGCUUUGCUAUUCGGUCCGUUGUCAUGCUGCAGUGCUUGGCGAGGAGCCAUGCUGUGCGGCAGACACAAACGUGCUGCUCCAACAGCGCCAUGAGAGCCCAAGUGUGCGGUUGGCUGAGUUAAUCCAGCUCUCAGAUGACCCAUCCAUGGCGGAGUAUGAGAUUGAUGAGCCUCGUGGGCAGGUCGUGGACGUCAACUUUGGAACCAACUUCAGUCCCAUGAAGCCGACGGGUGACAACUUUCUCGUGCUUGUCGAUCCGCUCCCGGAUGUUUGCGACAAGUUGUCAAGCCAUAUGCAUGACAACAAGCAUGUGGCGGUCUUGUGCUGCGCAGUGUCCAAUUACACGGGCACUGCCCAAUUCCUGAAGUACAAUUCCGCUGGGGUCUCUUCGUCCUUGACGCCGACGACGAACGGGACCAGCCAUGAACGAUUCGCAGUUGAUCAGAAGUUCACUGUGAAGGUUAUGAAAGCCGCAGACAUCCUGGCCGCCUACUUGGCCAAGGGGAACCGUGUGUACAAGCUCAAGACAGAUAUGCAAGGUUCGGACAUGACGGCACUGAAGAACCUCCGGCCAAUACUCUCAAUGCCAGAUCAGGUGACUCACAUCAAGUCCGAGUGCUUCAUCCCGGAUGCACAGGGCAGGCAGAUCUAUCAGAUUGACAACAAUUGUGCCACGAUGAAAGCAUACCUUGAGGGCCUUGGCUACACAGUCAAGAUGCUGGAAAAUAGAAAGAUCCACCCAGAUAGCGGCGAUGUAUACGCCUUCAAGGCUCCAGCAACGAACUACUUGGACCUGCAGGACUGGGAUGGCCCGGAGAUCUAG